AUCACAAAUCCCAAAUUCUCUCUCAAUCUCAGCUUUUCCCGUCCUAUUAAUCCUUUCUCCGUCUCGGCCUCCCUCGCUUCUAAGGACCAAGUAGAAUGGCACUUGAGAAGGAUUCAGAGAUAGCAGAAUUGACAGAGUCUGGCAAAAAUAUUGCGCAAGAUGUGGUGGAACAAAUCCUAUCAACUCUGCCUCCCAAAUCUCUUAUGCGAUUCAAGUGCGUCUCUAAAUGGUGGUACCAUCUCAUCACCAGUCCCAGGUUCGUAGCCAAGCACCUGUCCAUUUCCAAACACAACAGACCCUCAACUUGUGCUCUUAUAAAGAGUUUAGUCAGCAAUGACGCAGAAGCUCAAGAGCCUGAAAUGGUUUUCUCAUUGCUUAACUUUUCCUAUGAAAAUGAUAAUAACGCUGGUGGUGCGCUUAGCACUAAUCUUUCUAGUGUGGAAGACCUCACAAUCCCUACAAGGGUAGUCGAAUCACUUCGUAUUAUAGGCCAUUGUGAUGGGAUUGUUUGUCUAGCUUUAAUCGAUUAUCAGCAGAGGCUAGCUAAACCUAGUCAAGUGUGUCUAUGGAAUCCUGCAAUUCAGCAAUUUAAAUUUCUUCCCGAGGAGCCAUUCCUUCCAGAUUGGUCCAAGGUACCACACAGCCGUAUGGUCCAAGAAUUUGCUUACCUGCGUCCAAUAUCUCUACUCAAUGGUGAAACCAUGGGGUUUGGCUAUGAUCCUAAAUCUAAAGAUUACAAGGUUAUUGACAUUGGAUUUUCUGAUUCCAAAUUUUAUGGUGAUCCAGAAUGUUAUGGCGGACAUGUGAUUGUUUAUCCUCCAAAAGCAGUAGUAUACACCCUGCAAACUGAUUCUUGGAGAGAGAUCAAGACUUUUUCUUUGGAAAGGGAAACCAGUUACCUUUGGCCUGAUACGUUCCAGCUAUACUUGAAGGGUGUUUGUUAUUGGUUGGGAUAUGAGCAACAAAAGGAAUUCUUAUGUCUAUUUCAGACUCACCAAGAAGAGGAAGAACGCAUUGCGCGAGCGAUCAUUUCGUUUGAUACUAGUGAUGAGGUUUUUCAUGAUAUAAUGUUACCGCAUGGGCUACUGGAAUUUUACGGUUUUGAUAAUUUCCUUACAUUGCAUCUUACGGAGUGGAAUGAGUCUGUUGCUCUUUUCAGCUUGCUUUUUGAGGAUGAGCACAAAGCUACAAUGUGGGUGAUGGAUGCCAAAGGUGCUUGGACAAAGCAAUUAACUUUUGAAUAUGUAGACUACUUUCCUUACAGCUUACCUCGAAAGAUAUUGGCAUUUUGGAAGAGCAACGAAAUUUUUGGAGUUGGAGAAAAUGGAUCUAUUGUCUGCUAUAACCUCAAUACCAAAAUUGUCAAGCAUCUUCCGAUUCGAAGUGUUCCAGAUUAUUUUCCACCCUCUAGAGACACUUUCUAUCCUUUUUGUUGUAUUGCUUAUGUGAAUAGUGUCGUACCAAUCAUGAAUCAUGUCAGAGAGCACAUUUGAUUUGAUUUGAUUUGAGAGAGGAUAUACUUGGGUUAGAACUGUAACGGCAAGUAGUAUUCCGGGAAGUUUUAGAUGUUUCAUUUGGGAUGUUUAAGUUGAGGCAAGCAGGUUGAUCGCAUUGUAUGUGUUCUCUCUGUAUAAUGUUUUUGCUACCCAAUCAUAAUUGUGGUGGUUUUGCCACAUUUUCCCAUUUGACUGUUAAAUAUGAAAUCUUGUAGUGAUCUUGUAGAGAAACAUAACCUUCUUUUUUUUUCCUUCA